AUGGUUAUCAAUAUUAUCAUGAGCGUGAAACAUUCAUUUGAACAAGUGUUCACCUUCAAUUUGCUUUCUACCAAAAAAAAAAAAGCGUUUCAGCAAGAUCCUAAGAUAUCAAAACUCUUCAUGAAAUGGUCCAUGUUAGGUCGAAUUACCAUCCAGACCUUUAACUUCGACGAAUCUUUCCAGGCUUAUAGGAGCAAUGACUUUGCCUGGGAUUUCUUUCAAGAUCCCUGUUUGAAGAACAAUCUAAAGGUACUUGAUACCUCUGGAUCAUGGACAUUGCUGGAUAUAGACAUAACACGUGUAAAUGUUGAAGUUGUUCCAUGCACAAAAGUGUCUGUGGAUUUAUUUGAUCCGAUUUACUCAAAUGGAAUUUUGCGUCCAUCUGGCCACAUUGUCAAAUGUUACCAUGAAAUAUACCCAGACUUUGAUGAGUUAAGGACGCUUUUGCUUGAAGAAAAUUCUAACAACUAUCAUAUAAUCAGUCUAAGUGAUCGUCAGGAGUUUUUGUUCAGACUGUUCAAGCAUGUCUUAGGUGGUGAACUUUGCCAAUACGAGGAUGCCAUCGAUCUCUACAUUGAGACACUCUGUGGUCAUUAGAAAUCCUAGGAUGUCUUUCAAAAAGAUGAUUGGCUUCAACACUGUCUUCUCUCCACCAAUAAACUGGAUCACAUUGGAUUGUGCUACCCAUCUGCAAAAGAAAAUGAGCAGACAUUUGCUUACCUCUGUAUUGAUCCAUUUAAAAGGCAUGUGUAUGUCCUAUACCAUUCAUAGGGGAGUUUCAAUGAAAUGAAGUGCCCUUGAUCUAGCUCCACAUAAAAUAAUGACAUUAUAUUUAAGAAAUACACCUUUUCCAUCUGUAUCCUUUAAUGUAUUAAUCAAUAAAGUG